AUGUCAGCUCCAGCUCCAGAACAAGCUCCAAGAAGAGGUGGUUUCGGUGGCAGAAACAGAGGCCGUCAAGGUAGAAGAGGUGGCAGAAAUGUCGAAGAGAAGGGCUGGGUUCCAGUUACCAAGUUGGGUAGAUUGGUGAAGGCCGGUAAGAUCACUUCCAUCGAGGAGAUCUUCUUGCACUCUUUGCCAGUCAAGGAAUUCCAAAUCAUCGACACCUUGUUGCCAAACUUGUCUGAUGAAGUUAUGAACAUCAAGCCAGUUCAAAAGCAGACCAGAGCUGGUCAAAGAACCAGAUUCAAGGCUGUCGUUGUUGUCGGUGACUCCAACGGUCACGUCGGUUUGGGUAUCAAGACCGCUAAGGAAGUCGCUGGUGCCAUCAGAGCUGGUAUCAUCAUUGCUAAGUUGUCUGUCAUUCCAAUCAGAAGAGGUUACUGGGGCAGUAACUUGGGUCAACCUCACUCCUUGGCUACCAAGACCUCCGGUAAGUGUGGUUCUGUCACUGUUAGAUUGAUCCCAGCCCCAAGAGGUUCUGGUAUCGUUGCUUCCCCAGCUGUUAAGAAGUUGUUGCAAUUGGCUGGUUUGGAAGACUGUUACACCCAAUCCAACGGUUCUACCAGAACUUUGGAGAACACUUUGAAGGCUGCCUUUGUUGCCAUUGGUAACACUUACGGUUUCCUGACUCCAAACUUGUGGGCUGAGCAGGCUUUGCCACUGUCCCCAAUGGAUGUCUACGCCGAUGAAGCUGCCAUCGAAAAGAAGAGAUUCUAA